AAGGCAGGAAGAGGGCAACCGAAGGCCUGGCCAGGUGGCUGGACCGGGUGCUGGCUGCGCUGCGCGGCUCUCGGUUCCGACGGCCUCUCUCAUGCGCUGAGGGCGCCCGGCUGGGCCGGGCCGGCGGCCGGAGGGGAGGCUCCUCUCCAUGGUCCAGAAGACCAGCAUGUCCCGGGGCCCUUACCCACCGUCCCAGGAGAUCCCCAUGGAGGUCUUCGACCCCAGCCCACAGGGCAAAUACAGCAAGAGGAAAGGGCGAUUCAAAAGGUCGGAUGGGAGCACCUCCUCAGAUACAACAUCCAACAGCUUUGUCCGCCAGGGCUCAGCAGAGUCCUACACCAGCCGUCCGUCGGACUCUGAUGUGUCUCUGGAGGAGGACCGGGAAGCCUUAAGGAAGGAGGCAGAGCGCCAGGCAUUAGCCCAGCUCGAGAAAGCCAAGACCAAGCCGGUGGCAUUUGCCGUGCGGACAAAUGUCGGCUACAACCCGACUCCAGGGGAUGAGGUGCCUGUGCAGGGAGUGGCCAUCACCUUCGAGCCGAAGGACUUCCUGCACAUCAAAGAGAAAUACAAUAAUGACUGGUGGAUCGGGCGGCUGGUGAAGGAAGGCUGUGAGGUUGGGUUCAUCCCGAGCCCUGUCAAACUGGACAGCCUGCGCCUGCUGCAGGAACAGAAGCUACGCCAGAACCGCCUCAGCUCCAGCAAAUCGGGUGACAACUCCAGCUCCAGUCUGGGAGACGUGGUGACUGGCACCCGCCGCCCCACGCCCCCUGCCAGUGGUAAUGAAAUGACUAACUUAGCGUUUGAACUAGACCCCCUAGAGUUAGAGGAUGAGGAGGCAGAGCUUGGUGAGCACAGUGGCUCUGCCAAGACUAGUGUUAGCAGUGUCACCACCUCGCCACCCCAUGGCAAACGCAUCCCCUUCUUCAAGAAGACAGAGCAUGUGCCCCCCUAUGACGUGGUACCUUCCAUGAGGCCCAUCAUCCUGGUGGGACCGUCGCUCAAGGGCUAUGAGGUUACAGACAUGAUGCAGAAAGCUUUAUUUGACUUCUUGAAGCAUCGGUUUGAUGGCAGGAUCUCCAUCACUCGUGUGACAGCGGACAUUUCCCUGGCUAAGCGCUCAGUCCUCAACAACCCCAGCAAACACAUUAUCAUCGAGCGCUCCAACACACGCUCCAGCCUGGCUGAGGUUCAGAGCGAGAUAGAGCGAAUCUUCGAGCUGGCCCGGACCCUUCAGUUGGUCGCUCUGGACGCUGACACCAUCAACCACCCAGCCCAGCUCUCCAAGACCUCACUGGCCCCCAUCAUCGUUUACAUCAAGAUCACCUCUCCCAAGGUACUUCAGAGGCUCAUCAAGUCUCGAGGGAAGUCUCAGUCCAAACACCUCAAUGUCCAAAUAGCAGCCUCCGAGAAGCUGGCGCAGUGUCCCCCGGAAAUGUUUGACAUCAUCCUGGAUGAGAACCAAUUGGAAGAUGCCUGCGAGCACUUGGCGGAAUACUUGGAAGCCUAUUGGAAAGCCACACACCCACCCAGCAGCACCCCGCCCAAUCCACUGCUGAACCGCACCAUGGCUACUGCAGCCCUGGCUGCCAGCCCUGCCCCUGUCUCCAACCUCCAGGGACCCUACCUUGCUUCCGGGGACCAGUCGCUGGAACGGGCCACCGGGGAGCACGCCAAUGUGCACGAGUCCCCGGGGGAGCUGGGCCAGCCCCCAGGCCUUUACCCCAGCAGCCACCCACCAGGCCGGGCAGGCACCCUGCGGGCACUGUCCCGCCAAGACACGUUUGAUGCCGACACCCCUGGCAACCGAAACUCUGCCUACAUGGAGCUGGGAGACUCGUGUGUGGACAUGGAGACUGACCCUUCAGAGGGGCCAGGGCUUGGAGACCCGGCAGGGGGCAGCACCCCACCAGCGCGUCAGGGAUCCUGGGAGGAUGAGGAAGAAGACUAUGAAGAGGAGCUGACCGACAACCGGAACCGCGGCCGGAAUAAGGCCCGCUACUGCGCGGAGGGCGGGGGUUCAGUUCUGGGGCGCAAUAAGAAUGAGCUGGAGGGCUGGGGGCGGGGCGUCUACAUCCGCUGAGAGGCAGCGGACACACAGUGGGAGGAGGGGCUCUGAGCCCAGGGGAGGGGAGGGACAGAGGAGCUCACCACUGGGGAUGUAUCUUGCCUCUGGGGGCGCUCUCUCCCUUCAGAUGCCUUUGCUCAAUGCUUGGGGUUUCUUUGGUGGAAGCAUCCCAGCUCCUGGGAGUCUCUUAAGCCCCAGCUGUAGGUUUUUACCUACCUGCUGUGGGUGGGUGGGGGGUGCCCACCUUUCUGCAGUGCUCCCUUUUCCCCACCUCAGGGGGCUCUCUCCCCUCACUCUCCCAGAGAAAAGGUGCGCUUCCUUAUCUCUUCCUACUCGGGGCUCUAAAUGAGGGUCUUAAAUGGGGUGGCCCUUUGUUUUCCCAACCUGGAGUAUUUGGGAAGGGUAGGGAGCUUUUCCUGGAGAGGGAGACCACAGACUUUCCCAUGAGGGUUCUCUUCCUCAAACCCCAGAUCCAGGGUCCCUCACCAUGUCCCCUCUCCCCCCAGCUUCCUGGCAGCAUUGUCUGAGCUGAAAGCUACAGCGGAAGCCCCAUAGGGAGCUUGUUUUGGGGAGGGGUCUGGGUGGAAGCUGGCAGGCAUCAGAUGUAGUGCCCUCUGCCUGCCCAGGACCUAGAACCCUGAGGAGUGGGCAACCUGAGAUGCUGCUACACACCCCACCUCUUCCAUCCUCAGCCUUCACCUGCCCCAGGAAUGAGCUUUGCCUACAACAUCCCUUGCCUGCUGCCAUCAGAAGAGGGGACCCCUCUGCGUCUGAGCCCCCUAUCCUUGUGUCACCUUGGUGUGGAGCCCGUAGAACAUUCUGGUCCGCCUCAUUUUGAAACCAAAUAACUGCUCCUUCACUCUCACUCUAAGGCCCCAGGGGAGAGGCCCUGUGGGUUAGUGCCCAAGAGGCAAUCACCCCAGAGGUUGCCUUGGAUCUCCCCUGGGGGACCUGGCUGCUGCUGCUCUGUAUUUGCCUCUUGUGAUCCUGUCGUUUACCCAUGUCCACUCCCCCCAGGAGAGGCCUUGGUACCCCCUCUGCCCUGGAGCGUCCCUCUGCCUAGCAUCCCCAUAGCCCAGCAGCCCUGCCCCUCCCCAGCAUCCCAGCUGGGCCAGAGAGAGCCGACUGUGCCAACGAGGACUGGGCCCUGCCUGGCUGCCCGCCUCAGGGAUGGGCACCUCAUGCCUGUCUCGCCACCUCCUGUGCCAAUGUUGCCCCACCUCCCCCACCUGGGGGGUGGGGUGCAGCUUCCACUUGUUGGUUAGAAGACACUUCAGCCCAACCUUUCCUCUCCCUGUCUGGUGUCCUCUGCCCCCAUCUGUCUGUCUGUCUUGUCUGUACUCCCCUAGGAGAAGUAUUUUGCCACAUAUAAAACCGCCUCCUGUCCUUUGUGGCUGCCUCCCGAGCCUGCUUCUUUGUUCCCACACACGGUUGCCAGCAUGUUCUGACAUGCAGGGCGAGCAAAGCAGUGGGUGCAGGAAUAAGCUGUGCCCCAAGUUGUUGACUCAACAGGAGAGAUGGCGCUUUGUUUUGCAGCUCAUUGACGCAUCACAUUCAAGCCUGACAGCUGGGUGGCCAGUCUCACCUCCCCACUCAGCUCCAAGCCCCAAGCCCCACCCAUGUCUGUCCUGUCUCCCCAUGAGUAAAGCCAGGGAAAACGGGAAACCAAGGUGGGAAACGGGGUGUCGCAAGUGUUGUUCAGUGGAUGAGAUCCAGACUCACUGGCACAAUGGCCUAAAGGCUUGUGCUUGUUUUUCUGCUUCUGUGGCCUCAGCUGCUCCCCAACACCUCAGGAGGGGGAGGGGCUGAGCUUCCAGCUCCCUCCUCCACUGAUGCCCCCACAACUACCCCCCAGCCCCUACUAACCAACUUUGGGGGAGGGGCAGAGAAUCGGGGACUCCCCCAGUCCCAGCCUGAGAAAAAAAUCUAGAGGAAGAAAGUCAGCAGGUGACUUCCAGUUCCUGCCCUCACCAGCUGGCAGGAUGUAGGCUCCUGGCGGUUGUUACUGCUAUCACCUGUGUCCUGCCUCACACAGCACCCACAAACCGUUUCCGUGCUCUUCUAGUUCUGGUUUCUGGGGUGGUGGACCUGAAGGACUAGAGUUCCUGGGUUCUUCACCUGAAUGCUCCUGCCCAAAGUGUGUGUGUGCGUAGAGGGCAACAGACAUCCAGAACCCCCUAGAUGAGGGGUUAGCAGAACAAGGAAAGAGGAACCUGGCAAGCCCACAGGUCAAGUGGCUGGCCCAGGGUCCCCAGGGAGUUGUCGAAGCUAGCUCUGCUGGGACUGGAGCACAGUCUGCCUCCUAGCAUGCUACUCUUCCCACUGCCUUUUUUUUUGUGUGUGUGAGGAGAUCAGCCCUGAGCUAACAUCUGCCAAUCCUCCUCUUUUUUUGCUGAGGAAGACUGGCCCUGGGCUAACAUCUAUGCCCAUCUUCCUCCACUUUAUAUGGGAUGCCACCACAGCAUGGCUUGCCAAGCGGUGCGUCG